UCUGGGGAGAAUGUCAGGGAGCAACCAGCCACGGGACCUGGUGCUCAUUAAAGAGCUAGAGCUCAUCCUGGAUUCCUGCACACUGGAGCUGACACCAGUGGACGAAGUCUGGCCGAACCUGUACAUCGGAAAUGUGGCUGUAGCACAGAACAGAAAGACAUUACAUAAGCUUGGCAUCACUCAUGUCCUGAACGCAGCACACUCCAAGCAGGGCAGCAUCGGGGACCAAAGUUUUUACGGGUCCGCCUGCGUUUACUUUGGCAUCCCAGCAGAGGAUUCAGACCGCUUUGACCUCAGUCAGUACUUCAAACCUGCAGCUGACUUCAUACAUAAAGCCCUGAAGAGCAAAGACGGAAAAGUGCUGGUGCAUUGCAUCAUGGGAAUGAGUCGAUCAUCCACUUUGGUCCUGGCCUACUUGAUGCUGCGGCAGCGCCUCUCUCUGAGAGAUGCUCUGAGGCGCGUCGUCCAAAAACGGCCCAUUUACCCCAACCAGAAUUUCCUGUCUCUCCUACUCAAGCUGGAUGAACAACUGACACUCAAGCGAAGAAUGUCUCUUAGGGAUCCGUCAUAUGACCCUCCUUCUGUCUCAGAGCUGCAGGAGUUCCUGCUGGCUGACAGGAGACCAACUGGACACCUCAAUCAAGUCUGGCCUAACCUUUACAUAGGCAAUGAGGUGGCAGCUCGUGACAAGGGCACUCUCCACAGUCUGGGCAUAACUCACAUUGUAAAUGCUGCUCAUGGACCCCCAAACCCCAGACCUGGAGUCUGCUUCUACGUCAACACUGGCCCACAUUUCUACAGAGACAUGACAGUGGAUUAUUAUGGGGUGGAGGCAGAUGACGCAAUAGAAUUCAUCCUUAGCCCUUUCUUUUAUCCAACUGCGCGAUACAUCAGAGCUGCACUGGCCAUGGGAGGCAAGUCAGUCACACUUAGAUGUCAUGGACGGGUGUUUGUCCACUGUCUGAUGGGCGUGAGCCGCUCCGCAACACUGGUGCUGGCCUUCCUGAUGAUUGUGGAGGGCCUGAGGCUGCAGGAGGCGGUGGCCGCUGUCAGGCCGCACAGAGACAUCUGCCCCAACCCAGGCUUCCUGCAGCAGCUCCGAGGCCUCGACAUGAGCCUGGAGAGGGAGAGGAGGAGGCGACGGCAGGCCCAAACACUAGGUCACUCAGCCCAGGAGGAGGAAACGCCAUCACUGACAGAGCUGAGGCAAAUUCUGUGGGCGAACAGGAAGCCAGUGGCACCUGUCAACCAGGUCUGGCCCAACCUGUACAUCGGAGAUGAGUCUGUGGCGAGAGAUAAAGCCACACUCUCGUCUCUGGGCGUGACUCACGUACUGAAUGCUGCAGCAGGUCGACACCGGAUCAACACAGGUCAGCAGUUCUACAGUGACCUUGAUGUGAAAUACCACAGUGUUGAAGCUGCAGACCAUCCGGAGUUUAACCUCCGACCUUUCUUCAACCCUGCUGCACAGUUCAUAGAAAGUGCUCUGAAGAAAAAUGGGAAGGUGUUUGUGCACUGUGCCAUGGGUGUCAGUCGCUCUGGAGCCCUGGUUCUUGCGUAUCUGAUGAUCUGCCAUGGCCUGUCGUUAGCGGAGGCCAUCAUCGCUGUGCGUCUGAACCGAGACAUUGGACCCAACUCUGGAUUUCUGGAGCAGCUAAGGCAGCUGGACCUGAGCCUCAGUCCACAGAGCAGACAGGACCAUACUGACUCAUCAUGACAAGGAACGCACUUCAAUCCCAGUCAGGCACCUGUUUAAUCCACAAUUUCAGUAAAAAGAAUUAAAUCUGAGAAAUAGAGAUGCCAUCUGUGUGUCAGUAGAUGAUCUCUGUCUCAACAACAAUUGGUAAAAUGUAACAAGUGAAUGCUUGAAGUUUUACAUGUUCAGAAAUAACUCUACUGACAAAUGCCGACUGAUCCCACACUUGUCCACACAUUACUAACAUUCUUAUAAUGACAAUACUGCAACACGCCACGCUUACUAAACUUUUUCUGGUAUUGUUUCCCAUGAUUCAUUGUGUUUCUUUACCAUAAAGGCUAAAGGAAGGCAAUCACUGUCACAUUAGGGUACUCAGAUCAUACAGUAUGUGA